CGAAGUCAGUAUGGCGAAGCUGUUGGCUGAAUGACUUUUUUACAGUUCCGUCGGGUCCUAAAACCCCGCACCGUGUGGAUGCUGUUGAAGACUGUCCUGGAGGAGAGAGGGAAAACCGACCUCCUGCGCUUUAAUGGUGCUCAUUUCAGCCUGACCAUUUGGUCGAAGGACACCACAACACACCACUCAAGGUCUCCACCUGUGGUCGUGUGACAUGAAGCCCUGAGAAACAACUUCUCUCUGUUCCUCCUCAGUCUGGCAACUCCAACCGGAAGCACAAACUUGGUGGGAAGCACAGAAUGAUCAUUCCAGUUACCAUGGUGGCGCACUGACACCGUCACCGCUCACCUUUCCUCCCGUGUUUAGUUUGCCUGCAUCGCCAGCCACUGUAACAAUGAGCUCUCACACUCGCCAAGGUGGCUUGAGCAGCAAGGAUCAGCCUUUGGAACUUCUCAAACCAUCUGCACUCAACCAUUUCGUGGACGUGAGCACUGCAGCACUGCCCACGCAGGUGCCCCCCACCACCACAGCCAUCCUUCCCAUGGACCUGCGCGUAGUGGACCACCCUCACCACCACCACCACCAGCAGCCCCCCUUCGGCCUGGUUCCCCAAACCCACCCCAUGCCAAGCGCCUCCACAGGUUGCACCACAUCAACAGAGCCAGGCCGUGGGCCAGUCAUCAGCCACCCUGAACAGCAGCUGCAGCAGGAGCUUGUGACUCUCAAACACAAGCAGCAACUGCAGAGGCAGCUUCUGAUUGCCGAGUUUCAGAGGCAACAUGAACAGCUGUCGCGACAACAUGAAGUGCAGCUGCAGGAACACAUCCAGCAUCAGCAGGAUCUACUGGCCCUCAAACACCAACAGGAGCUGUUGGAGCAUCAGAGGAAGAUGGAGCAGCAGCGUCACGAGCAGCAACUGGAGAAGCAGCAGCGGGAACACAAACUCCAACAGCUCAAAAACAAGGAGCGGGGACAAGAGAGUGCAGUGGCCAGUACAGAGGUAAAGAUGCGGCUUCAGGAGUUUGUCCUGAAUAAGAAGAAAGCGCUGGCUCAGCGAAAUCUAAACCACUGUCUGCCCAGUGACCCUCGCUACUGGUAUGGGAAAACUCAGCACAGCUCUCUGGACCAGAGCUCUCCUCCACAAACAGCCUUGUCAGCGUACAACCAUCCAAUGCUGGGCACAUAUGACUCUAAAGAUGACUUCCCUCUCCGCAAAACAGCCUCUGAGCCCAACCUGAAGCUUCGUUCCAGGCUAAAGCAGAAGGUGACCGAGCGCCGCAGCAGCCCUCUGCUCCGCAGAAAAGAUGGUCCCAUCUCUUCUGCAAAGAAACGUUCUCUAGAUAUGGCCGAGUCUGCAUGCAACAGUGCACCAGGUUCUGGUCCCAGUUCCCCUAACAACAGCUCUAGUAACAUCCCCAAUGAGAAUGGGGUCACUUUCUCCGGCAGCUCAGGGGAGGCCUCCCUGCUUCAUAGACUGGCUGCAAGGGAAGGUUCACUUAGCCAACUCUCUCUGUACACCUCCCCUUCUUUGCCCAACAUCACCCUGGGACUGCCAGCCACAGGACUUGCCAACACUGUGGUAACUGGACACCAAGACAGUGAUGGUCAUCUGCCUGCGUUACAGCAGGGCAUUCCUCUGACCCCUCCUUUCUUGCCCGCUGCUCACCUGCCCUCCUACUUGGCAUCUUCAACGUUGGACAGGGAGGGAGCUGGAGGAGGCUCAACUGGUCACAACCCGCUCCUCCAGCACAUGGCACUGCUGGAGCACAGCCAUAAUCCAGUGGUUGGUCUGGGUGGACUUUCACUUCCGUCGCCCGCUGUCUCAAAGCUCGCACGGGGCCACCGUCCACUCGGCAGAACCCAGUCGGCCCCUCUGCCCCAACAACAGUGUGUCCAGGUCCAGGCGCUGCAACAUCUGGUGGUCCAGCAGCAGCACCAGCAGUUCCUGGAGAAACACAAACAACUGUUCCAACAGCAGCAGCAGCAGCACAUCAUCAACAAGAUCAUUUCCAAGCCCGGUGAUCAGGUCUCAGGCUCCAGCGCCUCAGGUCCAGCCAGGCAGCAUCAGAGUCACCCCGAGGAGACGGAAGAAGAGCUCCGGGAGCACCAGGGGCUGUCCUCCUCGUCCUCGUUGGCCUCCUCUGCGCCUGCCCCUGCACAGGACACGGGGCCGCUACGUGGGCUGGUCAUCAAACAGGAGCCGCCAGACCUCCAGGAGCAGGAGGAGAGGGAGCUGAGAGAGAGACAAGUUGAACAGGAUUUCUUGUUCAGACAGCAGGCUCUGCUGCUGGAACAGCAGCGGAUUCACCAGCUGAGGAAUUACCAAGCCUCCAUGGAAGCAGCUGGUCUGUCAGUGAGCUACGCUGGACACCGCAAACUCUCCAGGGCUCAGUCGUCUCCAGCCUCUGCCUCCUUCCCCAUGGUCGUACAGGAACCGACGGCUAAGCCGCGAUUUACCACAGGUCUUGUGUAUGACUCUUUGAUGCAGAAGCACCAGUGCAUGUGUGGAAACACCACCAGUCAUCCAGAGCACGCUGGCCGCAUCCAGAGUAUCUGGUCCCGACUACAGGAGACGGGCCUGAGGUCACACUGUGAGUGUAUCCAUGGUAGGAAGGCCUCACUGGAGGAGUUACAAACAGUCCACUCUGAAGCCCACGUCUUGCUGUACGGAACCAACCCACUGCGGCAGAAACUUGACUGUUCAGUGAAUCCCAUGUUUGUGAGGUUACCAUGUGGAGGCAUAGGGGUGGACAGCGACACCAUUUGGAACGAGGUCCAUUCAUCGAGUGCAGCUCGUCUGGCUGUCGGCUCAGUGGUGGAGCUCGUCUUCAAAGUGGCAUCAGGAGAACUUAAGAAUGGUUUUGCUGUCGUUCGACCACCUGGACACCAUGCUGAGGAGAGCACACCUAUGGGCUUCUGUUACUUCAACUCAGUUGCGAUUGCAGCCAAGCUCCUGCAGCAGAGGCUCAAUGUCAGUAAAAUCCUAAUCGUGGACUGGGAUGUUCACCACGGAAACGGCACCCAGCAGGCCUUCUACACUGACCCCAGUGUUCUUUACCUCUCACUGCAUCGCUAUGAUGAUGGAAACUUCUUUCCAGGCAGUGGAGCACCCGACGAGGUGGGAACUGGAGCGGGUGAGGGCUUCAAUGUGAACAUGGCCUUCACUGGAGGACUGGAACCUCCUAUGAGUGAUGCAGAUUAUCUAGCUGCAUUCAGGACAGUGGUUAUGCCUAUUGCCAAUGAGUUUUCCCCAGACGUGGUUCUGGUAUCUUCGGGCUUUGAUGCGGUGGAUGGACAUGCUCCGCCCCUGGGAGGAUACAAACUGACAGCCAAAUGCUUUGGCUACCUGACCAGGCAGCUGAUGGCUCUGGCAGGCGGUCGGUUGGUGCUUGCCCUGGAGGGGGGUCAUGACCUCACAGCCAUAUGUGAUGCCUCUGAAGCCUGUGUCUCUGCUCUGCUUGGCAAUGAGUUGGACCCCAUUCCUGAUGAGGUGCUGCAGCAGAGACCAAAUGCCAACGCGGUCCACUCUAUGGAGAAAGUCAUUGAAGUUCAGAGUAAAUACUGGAGCUCGCUGCAGCGCUCCGUCUCCACACUCGGUUGUUCGCUGAGUGAAGUCCUCCGGCGUGACGCAGAGGAAGCGGAGACCGUCUCCGCUAUGGCCUCAUUGUCUGUUGCCAACAAACACAUUGGAAAGAGAGCUGAAGAGGAACCCAUGGAAGAGGAAGUUCCAAUGUAAAGACACAUCUCACAUCGCCUUUGACCACUCAGACUUUAUCUUUGAUGUUGUCCUCGUCCAGUCAACUUUAAUGUCAAUGCCACUCCUAUUUCUCACUGCUGCCAUAAUCGAGGUGGGUCCUUUUGAUCGGAGAGAGAGAGAGAACGAGCAGAGCUGAAAAAAGUGACGAUUAAUGGAAACGGAAACACUGAAGAGGAGCAAACGCAUUUUACUGAUCAGAAUCUCCGGGUCAGUCGUCAGCACAGAAUGUGUUGUGUUUAAAGAGGAUUUUCUCACAGUGACAUCUUUACGUGCCAGUGCUUUGAAAACACUACAUAGACGUCGUACUUCUCCAAUGCCAGUCCAGAACCGUGCACAGACAAUCUGCAGUCGUCUACCUGAACUGUAGAUCCUUCGUCUCGUUCCUUGUGCUUUAUCUAUCACUCUUUUCUUACUUUAAUCAAACGCCACCAGAGCUGAUGUGAUUGUGACUCUGCACUAAGGAUGGAUCAUUCCUGCUCCUUUUUUCAGAUGAUAUCCAAAUGAACGGAACAAAGUGGUGGAAUUUCUUGGGCUUUUUUUCUUUAGAUGGUUGGAGAUCACACAUGAGUGUUCAGCAGUGAAAAGACCAUGUGCGCUUUGUGCCUUUUUUUAAAAGAAAAACAAAAAAAAACCUGGCGGAUUUUUCUGUUGAGCCUUAAACAAACAGGUUAGGAAAUGAACCUGCUUUCUCCUCAAACCCCUUAAACAUUUCUGUCUGGGAAAGACGUCCUCUGCCUGCAUGUUGUCGGCACAUAGACUCGGCAUGUUUACCUAUAACUCCCUGCAACGACCCGCCGUCUCUCCCCGCACCUCUGUCUUUGUUUCCUCCUCAUUUUUCAGCCUCACCCUGGAAGGUAUAGUUCCCAGCCACGAUUCGGAGUUGGUUCAAUGUAAAAGUGAAUUUAAGUUGUUUUUAAUGUCACACAGUGAAACCUGCAUCACAUCGGCAUCAGUUCAUGCACCGUUCUAAAGACUUCUGAUAAAGACAAAGCUGUUUGUACUCGAAAUAGUGAAGCCAGAGCAUGAAGGUCCUUCAUCUCCUUAAAACAACUGACGAUCGCAAAA